AUGUCCGAUGCAUCUUCGCCCCAAGUGGUCGACGCCGACGUCGUGAGCGCGACAUUGGCUCCCCCCCCGGUAACCCGGCGAUCCUCCACCCCACAAGCAGUCGGCGCAUCGCCCUCGGGCCCGUCACUGCCUCCGACAGCCGCAAGAGGCCAAGCCAGCCUCUCGGGGGUCCGGUCCAAGAUAUGGGGCGGGGCCGAAAGCGAUGCCGGAACCGGGAACGGCGGCGCCGGACGCAGGACUGAGCGGUCCUGUCAGCUCUGUCACCGGCGAAAGGUCCGUUGCGACAAGAAGCAGCCCUGCGCAUCGUGCGCCCGCGGCGGGUUUCAAUGUUAUUACCCGCCCGUGGGACAGCCGGUGCGCCGUGUCCGCAAGACCACCAUCGCCGACGUGGCGAGCCGGAUCUCGGACCUAGAGAAGACGCUUGCAACCGGAACGGCCCAGCGACCCUCGGCCACCUUUCGGCCGCCACAGAUCACGCCGGCGUCCACCUCGAAUUUUAUAUCCAGUCACCCCGUGGCCAGAAGCCCCGAGCCAUCGACAACGCUGCCUUCGGGGCCUCCCGUGAAGGUUGUGGGUGAUGAGAUUCUGGUGCGGAAAGGGACUUCGAGCCAGUAUUUUGACGAGUUCCUCAUUUCUCGGGUUAUAGAAGCGGAACAUGAUAUACAGUCCGUUCUGACCACACCCGUGAGUGAGCCGGCCUCCAAGGCGGCCCCCUCGCCUUUCAACCCGAUGGGCAUCCUCUCAGCCCCGGACCUCAAACUGGACCUUGUAGAGCUCCUGCCCCCCAAGUCCGGCUCCAUCGAGCUGUGGCGAAACUAUGUUGAUAACGUCGACCACUGCAACAAGGUCCUGCACCGGCCGACUGCGGAGGUUCUCAUCUACACGGCCAUCGAUGACGCGUACAGCGCACCUCUGGACUCGAUGGCCGUCAUAUUUGCCGUCUUCUUCAUGUCCGCCGUCAUUCUCGAGCCGAGCACGGUCCAGAGACUCACGGGGGAGGACAAGAUGACCUGUCUUCAUCGCUUCAAGACAGGGCUCGAGCAAGCCUUCGCCAAGGCCGACUUCCUCGAGCAUCCGUCAGUGAACCUUCUUCAAGCUCUUGCCGUCUACAUGGCUGGCUUGAGGUUACACAACCCCGGCCGGGGGUUGUGGACCUUGAACGGGCUGGCGAUCCGAGCUGCGCAGUCCAUCGGCCUGCACCGAGACGGCACCAGGCUCGGCCUCGGCCCGUUCGAGUCCGAGAUUCGGAGGCGGCUAUGGUGGCAUCUCCUCGGACGGGACGGCAGAGGAGGCGAGGAUUACGGCAUCCAGAACCCGAGCAGCUUCAGCAUGUACGCCGGCGUGAACCACCCGUUGAACCUGGAAGAUGGCGACCUGUACCCUGAGAUGAAGGAGCUCCCGCCGCCGAGGCGCGGGUGGACUCUGGUCACUUCGGCUCUGAUCCACAUCCAAUGCUCGCGGGCAUGGCACCACCUCGCGGCACUGGCGGCGUCGUGGGACGAGAGGCCGACCCCCGAGUCCGUGCGCGCGCAGACGCUCCGGGAGCUGCACGAAUACGCCGAGGGGUUCCUCCAACAGUGCAACCCGGUGAUGCCUCAGCAGCGCCAGACGAUCCUCGUCGCCCGCCUCAUCAUCCGCAAGCUCGACCUCGUCACGAGGCAGCAGUGGCUCCACCUCGAGCACCCGGAGGCGCGCGAGUCGUUCGCGACGGAGGAGAACCUGGUGGAGGCGCUGGAAAUCAUCGAGUUGUGGAUGAGCAUCGCCUCGGACGAGCUCCUGCAGUCCUACCGGUGGUCAUUGGCGGCGUUUCCUCAGUACCACAUGCUGCUGUACCUGCUGUGGCACAUGUGCGUGAAGCCGGAGGGGCCCAGCGUCGAGAGGGCGUGGAGGGCGAUCAACAUGAGCUUGGGAAUUAUCAGGAGCGUGGGCGCGGGGAUCAGUCAGGCGGCGAAGACGACGAUUCUCGAUGCUUUGCGCGUCAAGGCACUGGCGAUACGCCAGGGCCUUGCUCAGCAGAGCGGCGGCGGUAGUGAAGGUGAACAAGAAGGCGGCGGUGGUAGCGGCAGCGUGGAAGUGGACGGCUCCGCGGUAAGAGAUCGUUCUCUGACGCCCGGGGCCACCGAAGAGACGGUGGAGGCUGGGAAACCUGACGAGGUCACGGAUGGGAUAGACUGGACCACCGCGAUGCAAGAUCUCCCAGACUGGAGCACGUUGAUGAAUGAGUUCCAGGUGGACGGGUUAGACUUUCCCAACUUCUUCAACUUUGGUUGA